UUCGUCAAGGUAUAUAUCGAUAAUAUUAUUAUCUUUAGUAAAAUAAAGGAAGAACAUCUCGAACACCUACGUACCGUUUAUAAAAUUCUUAAUAAGGCCUGUAUCUAUAUUAGUGUAGCUAAAUCCUUUACAGGUUACCUAGCUAUAAGACUCCUUAGGUAUAUGGUAAAUAAUAAGGGCAUCGCUAAAACCGACGACCAUAUUACUACCUUUAAGAAGCUAAAGUUUCCAGACACUCUUAAUAGCCUAGAGCACUACCUUAGGAUAGCCAGAUAG